AUGUUUGUCAACGGUAGGCCCCUGCCGGACUCCACGCGCCAACGCAUUAUUGAACUGGCUCACUCAGGUGCACGUCCUUGCGACAUUUCACGCAUUCUGCAGGUGUCGAAUGGAUGCGUCUCUAAGAUCCUCUGUCGCUACUACGAGACAGGGUCCAUCCGGCCCAAGGCGAUUGGUGGCAGUAAGCCGCGUGUGGCUACCAAUUCGGUUGUGAUUAAAGUGGCCCAAUACAAGCGCGAGUGUCCUUCAAUUUUCGCCUGGGAGAUCCGAGAUCGCCUAAUACAGGAUUCCGUGUGCACUCCGGAAAAUAUUCCUAGUGUAGGUUUUGCGUUUUGA